GCACUUAGCGGUGCAUUACACUAUACUACAUAAUACACUACGGACGCGCUCAACUCAAGUUGUCUCUUUCUCUUUGCAGUGCAAGGUGCACCAAACUAUCAACAAUUCCACUCUAAUACCAUCAAUUGCAGGUGUAUUCACAACCAAACAUCAACUGCUCUGCUCCUGUGUGCCUACACAUACAGCUACACCAAUUCAACCAAUUCACCUCUGCUGAGCGACUUCCUCUUUUGAAAAUGAGUGACUUCUAUGAACAUGGAAUUACCUACCUACAAGGCAGUCUCAAAUGAGAAAAACCCUAAUUCCAAACCGCCGCCAUUUCUGUUCAGGAGUCAGAGGAGCUUCCAAUUGAACAGCGGAGCUCAACUAUCGGCUAAGCAGAUGCUUCCAAAUGCCUUGCCGCCGUCAAGCAAGAAAACUAAAGUAAGAGCAUCAGACGAAGAGGAAGACGAAAAUGAAGAGCUGAGGCCGCCAAAGCGCAGGAGAUGUGACAUAAUCUCUCCCAACAACAGAGAGGAUGACGAUCCACAGCCCACCAAGAAGCACAAAAGAAAUACUCAACUCCCUCACUCUUUUAAUCAAGUGUCUAAUGAAUUACUGCCAAGACAUCUCAACAAGUUUGGAAGGGGUCUACGGAUAGAUUUUCUUGGAAUCAGGGCUUCAAGUCUGAAUCAUGCUGAACGCUUGCUUCCUCACCUACAAAAUGGAAAUUUCGAUGUCAACUGUUCGGUGUCAGUAAGCUACAGGACAUCUGAUAAGUCCUGGCGGGAAGUGUCUCACCAUCGCAAGCAAUUCAUACUACAAGUACGACUUCACGAUCAAGUCAUUGAGAGAAGAUUUGUAUACCCUAAAGACGGGGGCUUCCUUUUCUUGCCAAAAGACCUAUAUGUCAAUAGGAUCUUGCGUGGUGCCCCAAAAAAUGACGGUUCAGGUGUUGUAGAGCAAGUGUUUGAUCUUGCUGAUGAAUACCGUGCGUGUGUUACGAUUGAGCCUGUUGGCUUUUACAAGCUUUGGCCACUAUUAGACAUUGACUUGCAAGAGGGACCAGGCAUGGCAGUAUCUAGAGCCCUUAGUCGAGGAGAAGCAGAGAAAAGUGAGCUUAGCCUAUCUUGUACGACGCUGUUACACGAUCCUACUCAACAAGAACGAUCACAUGCUCUCCAAGUGUGCUACGGGAACUACCAACAGUCGGUGGAUUAUGAGUUAGAGUUGAGAGUCCGCUGGUCACUCCCACCCGCCUCUACGGAAUCCAAAAUUCUAGAAUCACAGUAUCUCCGCCACCAAUCACUGUCUCGCCUCUCUACAGCUUCGCCGACAACGCAAACUAGAGAAGAGAGUGUUUUGUCAGACGGUACGGCCAACCGAUCGCAAAGACAACGUCCUAGUCGCUACGCGACUUACAACCUGAAAUCUCUUACCUAUGCGCAUAGAAAAAGCAGGGAUCCACAAUCCCAAGAUAGAGAGCGACGCCGUGAUAAACAAACAAAGUCGCCGAGCCCAGAUGGCGGUAGGAAGAAGGAGACAGUGACCUACAGCUUUGGAAGAGGUGAUGCUACUAUUCUUGGUAUUGAAGAGCAAACCGUCUUCGCGGGUUUAAUUUGCCCGUUUUGUUACUGCUUAUAUCGAUCGCUGGAUCAUUUGAGAAUGCAUCUGCGGGAUGAACACGAAGCUUUCCAAUUCUCCCUCUUACAGCCUCUACCUAAGGUUCUGUUUUCUGCGAGAGUUGCUAUAGAUCGGCUAGCUUUAGAUGACGACAAACGCAGAAGCGUUCAAAUUGGUUGGCCAAGGACCCCUUUUGCCCUUGACCACUAUCUAAAGGGAGACGGCUCCUGGAUUGAGCGUCGCUUAGGGCCACAACACAAUUUCAUAUCUCAAGGAGAAGGAGGAAAAGUUUCAUUGCCUCAUUCUUGUUCUUCCCCUCGAGAAUCUACGUCAGCAAUUUCGGAGGACACGCUUCCUAGAAUCAUACCAACUCGCAGAAAUUUGACCGUCCCAGAAACCCCACGACCUGUUUUCAACGCAAUCACUAAAGCUCCUCUUCUGCCAGGCGAAGACAUUCCAAGCAGUGAUGAAGAUGACACUUGGUUCGAGCAAAGACACCGGGACGUGAUAAACGACUUCACGGAUCUCACUAUAGAUAAGAAAGCAUAUAUCAAUCGCUGGAAUCCCUUUAUCACGAGGAAAAGCGAUACGACCCCUCUAACGAUCCCAGCAUAUCUCGCUCAGGCUAUGGAUGCUUUUGUGGAGCUUGACAAGAUGUGGCUGAAUGAGAAGUUGACAAGAAGAAGAGAGUUUACCAUGCAUUGUCAAGCACUUGUGAUGCGUGGUGUUGUGAGCGAUCAACAGUAUAAGCAGUACAUGGAUGUCUUGAGGUCAGAAGCUGCAAAAGUAGUGGAUACGACUGUAGGGGGAGCCUCCGAAAAAUCUCGAGGUAAAAAUGACUGUAUCUGCCUCAAGCCAAUUGUUAUUACUCACAAUGUGGUAUGCAUCGGCAAGGCGUGCAAUGUGAGUCUUUCUGUAUUUCAAAAGUAGAAGAAAAUUUGGACAGCGUAUUAACUCCUAUCCUAGUAUCGAUUUUACCACCGGGAAUGUGCAAAGAAAUCUGGACGGCCCAUCAGAAGCAAGUGGCUUUGCAACGAGUGCUUUUCUGUGGAAUUGGUUGCAUAGCGUAUAUCAUGAAGGUGUUCUGAAUUAG